AAUUAAACUCUCACACAGAUACAUGCACAUGCAAGCACAGUCUCUCUCUCUCUCUCUCUCUCUCUCUCUCUUCAUUAUUUUCGUAUGCCCCAUCGAUUCAUGGCAGCAGUCCUUAUAGGUGGUCGUCCUGUCUGGUGACUGUUGUUCAAUCGCACAUGUAAAUAAGUUGUCUCUCUGGGUUUACUUGUUCUUGAGUGUUCUUCUUCACCUUGGGCUCAAGAUAAGUACAUUUUGGGUACUGGAGCAAAAUGGAGAUAGAAGUUCCUGCUAGUAGUCGAAGUGGUGGUGCUGGUGAUGCUGAGAAGUUGUUAUGGACUAGAGGAGGUGAAAGGGGGACCUACUUGGUGUGGCAGGAUCUGACGGUGGUGCUGCCCAACUUCGGUGAUAAACCGACCAAGAGGCUGCUUCAUGGCCUUAGUGGGUAUGCUGAACCUGGUAGAAUCGUGACUAUAAUGGGUCCCUCUGGCUCCGGGAAAUCCACACUCCUUGAUGCAUUAGCAGGUAGACUCUCAAGAAAUGUAGUCAUGACUGGAAAUAUUCUUUUCAAUGGAAAGAAGAGGAGACUGGACAAUGGUGCUGUUGCUUAUGUGACUCAAGAGGAUGUGUUGUUAGGAACGCUCACUGUCAGGGAAACUAUAACUUACUCAGCACACUUGAGGCUUCCGGCUAAAAUGACUAAAGAAGAAGUCAGUAGCAUCGUGGAUGGAACAAUCAUAGAAAUGGGUCUCCACGAUUGUGCGGAUAGAUUGAUUGGCAACUGGCACUUGAGAGGUAUAAGUGGUGGGGAGAAGAAAAGACUAAGCAUUGCACUUGAAAUCCUCACACGUCCUUGUUUAUUGUUUCUUGAUGAACCUACCAGUGGCCUUGAUAGUGCCUCAGCUUUCUUUGUGGUUCAAACUCUUAGAAAUGUUGCUCGUGAUGGAAGGACUGUUAUAUCUUCGAUUCACCAGCCAAGUAGCGAAGUCUUUGCACUUUUCGAUGACCUCUUCUUACUGUCAAGUGGUGAGACUGUGUAUUUUGGGGAAGCAAAGAUGGCAACAGAGUUCUUUGCUGAAGCAGGGUUUCCAUGUCCAAGUAGAAGGAAUCCUUCUGAUCACUUCCUACGUUGUGUCAAUUCAGAUUUUGACAUUGUAACUGCCACGUUGAAAGGAUCUCAAAGACUACGUGAUAUCCAAACUUCAUCAGAUCCUUUCAUGAAUUUGGCUACAUCAGAGAUCAAAGCAAUGCUUGUUGAGAGAUACAGGCGCUCACAGUACGCACAAAGGGCAAGAAAUAGGAUUCAAGAAAUAUCAACCACUGAUGGACUUGCACUGGAAACAAAAAUGGCAAGUCAAACAAGUUGGCGGAAGCAACUUUUAACAUUGACACGGAGAUCAAGUGUUAACAUGUCUAGAGAUGUGGGAUAUUACUGGUUGAGGAUAAUAAUCUAUAUAGUUGUAUCAAUAUGUGUUGGUACUAUCUAUUUUGAUAUUGGCUAUAGCUACACAUCAAUCUUGGCCAGAGGAGCCUGUGGGGGAUUUGUAACAGGGUUUAUGACAUUUAUGUCAAUUGGCGGCUUUCCAUCCUUCAUUGAAGAGAUGAAGGUUUUUAAUCGAGAAAGGCUUAACGGGUAUUAUGGAGUGACAGUGUUUAUUCUAUCCAACUUCCUUUCUUCGUUCCCUUUCUUGGUUGCUAUUGCACUUUCUACAGGGACUAUCACAUACUACAUGGUGAAAUUUCGACCAGGGUUUUCUCAUUACAUCUACUACUCUCUUAAUAUAUAUAUCUCCAUUUCCGUUAUAGAGAGCCUCAUGAUGGUUGUAGCUUCUUUGGUUCCAAAUUUCCUGAUGGGCAUUAUUACAGGCGCAGGAAUUAUUGGAAUCUUCAUGAUGACCUCUGGUUUCUUCCGCUUGCUGUCUGAUCUUCCCAAGCCAUUCUGGCGGUACCCAAUUUCCUAUCUCAGUUAUGGCUCAUGGGGCCUACAGGGUGCCUACAAGAAUGACUUGAUUGGGCUCGAAUUUGAUCCUUUAAUACCUGGUGACCCAAAACUGAAGGGCGAGGAAGUUAUCAAACAAUUGUAUCGCAUGCCGAUAGAUCAUUCGAAGUGGUGGGACUUGGCUGCUCUAGUGCUGCUGCUUAUAUUUUACCGGAUGGUUUUCUUCUUGGUUCUCAAGCUCAAGGAGAGAGCUUCACCAUUUUUUCAGCUACUUUAUGCCAAGAGAGCCAUACAGCAUCUUGAUAAGAGGCCAUCAUUCAGAAAAACACCGUCUAUCGCUUCAAAGAGGCACCAACCUCUCCGCUCACUGUCUUCUCAAGAGGGUCUUAAUUCUCCUCUUCAGUAGAAGAACAUUAUUAACUAAACUUUGGCUUACAAGCUACAUAUCUUAAAGCGCACAUUUGGAUAUUUAUGCCAAGUGUUUAGUAUCUGCUCAAGGAUAAACAGAUGCAGACAGCAUUACAGUUUCUAUUGAGUUUUAUUUAUAGAAA